AUGGUCUGCCGAGGUAAGAAGAUGUACUUGGAUCAGUUCAUUGAAACCUGCAUUGCUUUGGAUGGGCUACUCUCGUCCACCUGCUCCAGCUCUAAGAGCAUCUCCUUCCACAGCGACUUCAGCCAGAGCAUCUCUACGGCCGCAAAAUGGUGGCGGCGGAUCCUGGACGGACAGCGGACGACGAGGGACCAAGAUGCAGCGACCCAGACGGACGGCUGCGACGGAACGGAGGAACACAAGCGGGCCAUCUUUUCUUCAGGCUGUGCCCCCAUGCCACAGGAGGUUUCUGUGCUCAGCUGGCAGCAGGUGGUCUUAAUUCCACCCCUUUCUUGUGGAGCGCUGGUGAGAUUUGAGCAGCACUGCCAAGCUUUGCACAGAGCAAACAGGAUGUUUGCUUACACCUUCUCACAGCCACGUUUUGACAGCGCGAAGCUGGUGGAGUUGAAGCUCCAACACAAGACCAUCUGUGAGGGGCUGGAGUCUGAGCACUGGUGGGUGCUCAGCAACCAUUUCUAUCAUUUGUUCCCGGAGCUUCCUCCUCAGCACUUCGCUACUGUGGCUGCUGUGACCUGCAUCAAGCGCUUUGGAACAUCGAUCAGCGAGGCGUCCAUCUACCUUCGCACUGAAUCAGUGGAGACAUCACUGCAGAAUGUUACUCUGCAAACCAAAGUGUCGAAGACACUGAAGAUGGUGUCCAUUGGUUCAGAUGGCUGUUUCAGGACUCAUCGGUCCAGCAACACACGGAUCCUUGAGACACCGUCACCAUUCAUGGUUUCCAGCAAACCAAGAGGACCCCCUCCAGGCUUCUAAUCACACUCUACAUAUCUUUGAUAUCAUAUAUAUAUUUUAAA